CUCUCUAUUGACAGGUAUACAUCCCACGGUAACAAUACGAACUGUGCUGUGGUGGCUUGGAAGUUGCAUCUGAAGGCUAUAUUAACGUGGCUUUGAUGUUAUCCUGAGACAUAACAAGCAAAUAUUUCGUUGCAUUGGAGUUUGGGGGGAAAACCGGUCCGACGGAAUCGCUAUGGCUGCUCCUUUGUAUCAGAUGUUGUUCGGGGACACCGUGGGGAAGAUGAGCGAUAACUUGACGUCGGUGUUCCUGGCUGUCUCGGUGAUCACCCUGGCACUAGGAUACCUUUCUAAGAUGAUGCUGCAGCAGUCGACUUCCGACCCUAAUGUGAAAUACCCACCUUACAUCCCCUCUCGUAUUCCGUUCCUGGGACAAGCGGUGGCGUUCGGCAAAAGCCCGAUUGAGUUCCUUGAAAAGGCAUAUGAAAAAUACGGGUCCGUGGUUAGUUUCACCAUGGUGGGGAAGACGUUCACCUUCCUGCUGGGAAGCGACGCCGCGUCUCUGAUGUUCAACAGCAAGAACGAGGACCUGAGCGCCGAGGACGUUUACUCCAAGAUCACCACCCCGGUGUUUGGCAAGGGGGUGGCCUACGACGUCCCCAACCCCAUCUUUCUGGAACAAAAAAAGAUGUUAAAGACGGGUCUGAACAUUGCCCAGUUCAAAAAACACGUGUCUCUCAUCGAGGAUGAGACCGUGGAGUACAUGAAGAGAUGGGGAGACAGCGGAGAGACAAACCUGUUUGUAGCCCUGUCUGAGCUGAUCAUCCUGACGGCCAGCAGCUGUCUCCAUGGGAAAGAGAUCCGCAGCAUGCUGGAUGAGAAGGUGGCCCAGCUGUACUGCGACCUGGACGGGGGCUUCAGCCACGAGGCCUGGCUGCUGCCCAGCUGGCUGCCGCUGCCCAGCUUCAGGAAGAGGGACCGGGCUCACAGGGAGAUCAAGAGCAUGUUCUUCAAGGCCAUCCAGAAACGCAGGAACUCCAGUGAGAAGGGCGAUGACUUCCUGCAGACCCUCAUCGACGCAACCUACAAAGACGGCCACACCCUGAGCGACGACGAGAUAUCAGGCUUGCUGAUUGGUCUGCUGUUGGCGGGCCAGCACACCUCCUCCACCACCAGUGCCUGGAUGACCUUCUUCCUGGCCCGGGACAAGGAGCUACAGGAGCGCUGUUACGCUGAGCAGAAGGCCGUGUGCGGAGAGGACCUGCCCCCACUGGAGUUCGACCAGCUGAAGGACCUCGGCCUGUUGGACCGCUGUGUGAAGGAGACCCUGAGGCUCCGCCCCCCCAUUAUGACCAUGAUGCGGAUGGCUCGCUCACCACAGAGUGUGGCGGGCUACACCAUCCCGGCGGGCCACCAGGUGUGCGUCUCCCCCACCGUCAACCAGCGGCUGCCCGACACGUGGACGGAGCGCGACCAGUUCAGCCCCGACCGCUUCCUCAGCGAGAGCGCCGCCAGCGGCGAGAAGUUUGCCUACGUGCCCUUCGGCGCCGGUCGCCAUCGCUGCAUCGGUGAAAACUUUGCGUACGUGCAGCUGAAGACCAUCCUGUCGACCAUGAUGCGCGCGUAUGAGUUUGACCUGGUGGACGGCUACUUCCCCACCAUCAACUUCACCACCAUGAUCCACACGCCACACAACCCCGUCAUCAGAUACCGCAGCCGGGCGCACUGAGGGGCUCGGAGAGGGGGGCUGGCGGGGGUUCAGGGAGGACGCCACAGACAUCUCCGUUUAUCUUUUUAUGUAAAGUCCGUUGGGGGUUUUUUUAAGAGAAUGUUGACGAAUGCGUUGCAUUUGCGGGGAGUUGUUCCCCGUUGUCGGGCCUGGGGUGGGAUGCUUUUAGAAGCAUGACUGAAGUUUUACACUGCUGUGGCACUGACUAGUCUUAUUCCUUAUGGGAAUGUUUCAACAUGGAAAAUGUAAUGAUGUCAUUUGGAACCUCUCUGAGGCGGUUCUGGAAGCUGGACAGCUUCAUUUUAUCUUAUGAAAGCUCUCUUCUGAUUCAUCCACCGUUGAGUCAUUGUCUAGCAUUUAUGAAAUUCUCUGUGGAAGGAAACCCAAGUUGAACUACUAAUGAAUGAGUAAAGCAAUCAGCACACUACUUGCGGAGAAUAUGUUUGGGUGAGUGCAGAAUAGUUUUUCACCACUUCUUUGAACUACAAGAAUGAACACUUCUCGGCAGAUGACGUCCAUGCCAACAUUGUGUGAUUAGUCCAAAAAUCAGGGCUCCCUGAUUUAUUAAGAUUCAUUCCCACAAUCGCAUUUCAGAUUUCCCGUCUCCAUGGCGACCCCACGUGUCUUAACUAAUGGUUAUGUGACCAAAUCAAAACCGCGUUUAGCAUAAAACAAGUUGAUCUGCAAAGGACUUCAGUCUCGCCUACUUCUUCUGAGGUAUGCUGCCCUCUAAAGCCUAAACAAUGUCUACGCCAUACAUGUUUAUGGGAGUCCAAGUAGUGCCUCGAUGGAUUUCACUUGUCCCUAGUGAAAAACACUUUAUUGUAUGACCGUUAAGUGUACCGUUAUCUACCUAUGUUUCUGUUCAAAUAAACACACAUCCUACCACAAA